AUUUUGUUUUCCCAAUACUCCAAAUGCAAAGGCCAUUGUAUGAUCGCGCUAUACCUAGCUGGGGAUACCGAGAUUAUCGAUAUUGGGCAAAGAUGGCGCAGUCCUUGUCGGAUGAUGAGUUCCAGCGAAUGCAGAAUCAAUUGCUGGAACUCAGAACAGCGAACUAUCAAUUUAAAGACCACUCAAAGAAGUUAGAAAAUGAGUUGAGCCGAUUGAAACAAACAUCUGCUGCAAAUGAAAAAGAGCUUGAAAAAGCUAACAAGGUUAUUACCAAGAGCAAAAAGGCAAAGGAUGUUGAAGCUCUGUUUGCGGAGAAUGAUGGCCUCCAGCUCAAGCUCCAGAGCCAGGAGGAUGACUUCCGUCUCCAGAACUCCACUCUCAUGGAAGAACUCUCAAAGCUGUGUACAGCAAAUGAAGAGCUAGAGAAGGAAGUCAGUACGUUGAAGAAGGGUCAUAGUGCCAAAGACGAGGUCAAUGGAAGCCCCUCAUCGGGGUCACAAAGUGACAUCAGGAGACUUCAAGCAGAAAAUGCAGCUCUUCAGAAAAACCUUGCCAGUACUCAACAGAGAUAUAAUGAUGAACUCAAUGGAAUGAGACAAAACGUAAACAUGUUGACUCAAGCAUGUGCGGAUGCUGAGGAACGCUACACCAGGCUGUUAGGAGAGCGCCCCACUCCAACAGGUGCAUCAGGAGAUCAGCCGGAAGGGGAACAGAUGGAAGAGAUACCCAUCUCAACUCCUGAUGGGACCGCAUCUGAUCAACAGUCACCCCUGGAAGCAGAAUUAAACCACUUAUUGAAUGAUGAAUUUGAAGCCUUUAUUGAGGACCUGAAGCUUUCAGCUGUUACAAGUGACUUUGAUGAUGAUAUUGAAGAAAAAGAUCCUAUGACAGUACUACAAGGACAUGCCAAGCAGCUGAAGAAGAGAGUGAGUGGAGCAUUGGUUAGAAACAUGGAGAGCUUUGUCAAGAUGGUCUCAAAAGAAGAGGGAAGAAUGAGCAGAGGAAAUUCAUUUGCAGACCCAAAUGAACCACAAUGUGAUCUGAACAUGUCCAAAAUAGAUGAACACAUGAGAGAAAUAAAUGAUUUACAGCUGAGAGUAGAUACAGAGCAAGAAGAAAACAAAAUAUUAAAACAACAACUCCAAGACAGUGAGCAAUCAUACAAAGCAGAGAUUUUAACCCUGCAAGAAGAGCUACAAAAAUUGUCAGAAAAGGCCAAAAAGAAACAGGAAAGCUUAUUGCAAUUACAGAAUGAGAAAGAGGAAUUAUUCACCCAAAACAGACAAAACGUUGAAGAGUUACAUGGAUCUGUGGACAAGGAAGUUGAGGCUUUGAAAAAAGAAAACAGUGACUUGAAAGCAGCAUUGAACAGGAAUAAACAGAAUCGAAUGGAGGCCCUAGAAAGCUCCAAGCAGCAAGUAAAACAGCUUGAGAACACCAUAGAAGAACUGAGACAACAGACAGCAAACCGUGAAGAAGUAACAAGAUUAGAAGAGGAUAAAUCUAUGUUAAACAAAGAACUUGCCACCAUCAGACAGGCCUAUACAUCUACAUCAGAAGAAGCCAACAGAUUGCAGACUGCAUCAAUCACCACAAAGAACCAGCUUGAGUGUACCCAGCGUGAGUUAGAGGAGCUACAGCUAGCGCAGAGUAAACUAAGCAGUGAGAGAGAUGAACUACAGGGUCAGUUCACUGAAUGCCUAACAGCCAACGCUACCCUAGGAGACCAACUCAGAGCAACAGAGAAAGAGAGGGAUACUCUGCAGAAAGAAUUACAGGAAACAAGCAAGAUAGCUGAUAAGAGGAAAAGCAUGUUGGAUGAGAUGGCCAUCCAGACGCAAACUAUCAGAGAGCAACAUAAAGAAGAAGUGGCUAAUAUGACAUCUAGUCAUCAGAAAGCUCUAGAUGACAUUAAACAACAACUUCAAGAUGAAAAGCAAAAGAGGAAAGAACUGGAGCCUCUGAAGGAGCAGGUUGUACAGCAAGAGGCACAGAUUGAAUCACUGGAGAAUGCUAAGGGAUGGUUUGAAAGGAGAAUGAAAGAAUUAGAGGAGGAACUAGAAGGGACCAAAGAAAAACAUAUAGAAGAUAUCAAAGAUCUAGAAGCCAAGCAUCAACAAGAAAUAUUGGAUCUACGAGAGGAGCUAGCUGAGAGAGAUGAAGCUAUGGAGAAGGCUAAAGAAGAGAUAGAUGGGCGUCAAGCCACCAUUGAGAAAAUGCAACAGGAUGCCAAGGAUUCUAUAGUAGAUCAUAAACUCAGUGAGAAGAAAAGAGCAGGCAUGCUGAAGGAUCUUCAGAGGCAAUUAAGACAAGAGAAGAAGAGAGCGGGUAAACUACAGGAGAGACUUCAAGAGGUCUUAACACAGAGUAGCCAAGGACCUCAGGGUCUAGAUGCACUCUUCUCACAUCAUACCUACGUUGAUAGGACUAAACAUGAUACCAGUAGCGUUUCUUCUCUCAGCAAUAGCGGGACUGGUAGAGACUACAGUGACUUUGCACCUUCUCCUAAUGAUUCCAUGACUGCUGCUCUUAGUGAGGAGACAACAGAGCUAAUAUCCAAACUUACACAGAUCCAGCAAGAAAACUGGCAACUAGAAGAAAAGGUACGUCACCUUGAAGAAAGCAAUGGAUGCAUGGCUGAAGAUAUCCUGAGAAAAAGUGCAAUCAUUGAAGCUCAUGUCAUGGAACGCAAAAUCAUUGACCCAGCUAAGGUGAACUCAUCUCCAGGCGAUGGUAAGCAAGAGACCAAGGGACCAUCAUUACGUAAGAUGAGAGAAUUGAUGAGGUCAUCAAGGGACGUAGAGGAGGAGAGUCAGAGAGAGAUGAAUCAGAAGCUACAAAUCAUGCUGGAGGAGACCAUCACUAAAAACAUGCACCUACAACAGGAUAUUGAGAUGCUAUCGAGUGAGGUAGUGAGGCUGAGCAAGCUGGUAGGAUCAUCUCAAUCAGGUACUCCAUCACCAGUAGAGGAACAUCAGGGUAAACUUCCUGGAGGAGCAACCUCCAUGGCAACCGCAUCAUCAGCAUCACCGUCGUCAUCAUCAUCGCGGCCGGUAUCAUCAUCACCGCCAUCGUCAUCAUCAUCACAGCCGGUACCAUCCUCAUAGCAGAUGGCUGGCUGUGGUUGAGGUUCUUGUCAUGUUGACAUUUUUUUUUAAAUCAAAAUAUUGUCUGUUUGGAGGCAGAAGAGUAUUAAUUCAUAUCAUUUGACACAGAGUUAACACACUUUAGUGGCUCCAAAGAGACAAUUAUGGAGAUUGUUGCACAGUUAUUAGCAAUUUGAGGUAGGAAUACAUGCUUGCUGGUUUACAGUUCUUGAGAUGUGUGGAAUGAACUGUCUCAUCCAUCACAAACCUAAUAUACAACUCCUUCCAGAGAUGAUCUUCUACUGCCGAUGUGUUACAUGCAUGCUAUUAAAGAGAAAAUGCAUUUCAGCUAAAAAAAUAUCAAAGUUUAGGAAGUGCCAAUGCUUUUCCUUGUUUUUUAUAAAGCUUGCCACAUACUUCUUGUCAGCUGGUAAACAUACAAAAGAGCAAUUAACUUUUUUUAUGUGAGACAUUUCAGACACAUAGGCUUAUUUAUUUGCCUUGCCGGGCAAAUAAUCUGUGAUUAAUCAGGCAAUUUCAUGAAUUUAAAACUGUUUUCAGCAUAUUUUAUUCCUAAUCUUAACCACGUUUCACUGCAAUAGCACUUAACGCAUCUUCAAAUUUGUGAUGAAAAAGUAAAACCUGAGCUCUAAGAAAUAAUAAGAAAUUGAUAUGGAUAAAUGUAGAGGGUAUUGAAAAAUUCUACUGGCAAUUCAAAUUUCUCUCUGAAAAGAAAAAAGAAGAUAUUUAGUGUAAAUAAUGAUAGGAUACAGGUAUCGCUUCAUGUUUUAUGAAUUUUUGUAUUAAUUCAAGCUUUAAUUUCUUAAUCUUGUGUGACAUAGCAUUCCAAUAAUGUUGAUAACUUCUGUGACAUCUCUUUCAUUGCAUGCAGCCUUUGCCCUGCCUUUGUUUCAUCUUGUUUUAUUGAUCCAAGCAUGUAUGACUUGCAUGAGGGAAAAAUGUUUGCUAAAAUAUGUCUUAAAUGUUUAUGUCUUUCCCUCCCUGUAAAUCAGUUCAAUUACAUGUUAAUGUGAUGUUAGCUUUGAUUUAACUUGCAGGGCACUAUUUUGCCUGUCAUGUUUUCCCAAUUUUUGAUAUGGCAAUAAUCAAGUUCCUCAGCUCCAGUGUAGAAUUGAUAUUUCCUUGACAAAAAUUCAAUAGCUUUUCCAGUGAUUAGAAACAAACUGCAAUAAUUAUAUGUACAUCAAUGACACAGAGUUUUAAGGCAUAAUGUUGAGAUGUACAUAAUGUCUAUUGUAUGUAGAUAAGGCUGCUCAAUGUG